AUGCUAUAUAGAUCUGGACGCACGGACCGCCAACCAAUCAAGUCGAUAUCAAAAUCGCUUAUCAUCCAUCCCCGCUCCUCCCCUCACUGCUUCCCAGAACUUCCCUCUCUCACCCCCAGGGACAACACACCUGGAAACCCCAACAUGUCCGGCCUCACCGAAUCCCAAGUCGCCUCCUUCCGCAAGAACGGGUACCUAGUACUCCCAGACUACCUAAGCACAGAAGAAACAAACAACUUAAUUAACGAAACAAACAACCUCCUCGCCACCUUCCCACUAGAAUCCCACCCCCUAACGCAAUUCACGACAGGCGAUGGAGCAGACGAAAGCGCCAACCACGUGGGCGACGACUAUUUCCUAACAUCCGGCGACAAAAUCCGCUACUUCUUCGAGCCAGAUGCCCUGAGCACAGAGCCAGACCCGCUAACAGGCCGGGCAGCUCUCCUCAAACCCAAGAACUUAGCCGUUAAUAAAAUUGGCCAUUCGUUGCAUACCCUAUCACCGCCCUUCAAAGCCGUCUCCCUGAACAAGCGCAAUGCGGCUGUUGCGAAGUCGCUUGGUUUUAGCGAUCCGCGCGUUCUGCAGUCUAUGGUUAUUCUGAAACAACCUUCUAUUGGCGGUGCUGUGCCCUCGCAUCGCGAUUCAGAGUUCCUUUAUACCGAUCCGCCGUCGGCUGUUGGGUGGUGGUAUGCUUUGCAAGAUGCCAGUCCUAAGAAUGGCACGUUGGGUAUGUGGAAGGGUUCGCAUACGGGUGCGAAGGGGGGUCAUAUUAAGCGGCGGUUUGUGAGGGGUGCAGAUGGGGGUACGGAGUUCAUUGAGAAUGAGGGUCCUGCUUUGCCGAGGGGGAUGGAGGAGGAGGAGGCUGGUUCGGGGCCUUCUAAGGAGGAUUUGGAGAUUUUGGAUAUUAAGGCUGGGUCGCUUGUGCUUAUUCAUGGGAAUGUGUUGCAUAAGAGUGAGAAGAAUACUAGUGAGCGGAGUCGGUAUGCUUAUACCUUCCAUGUUAUCGAGGGGGCGGAGGGGUGGGAGUAUGAUGAGCGGAACUGGUUGCAGCCUCCUGCGGGGGGAUUUUCGAAGUUGGAGAGGUAA